ACCACCAUCAAUGUCUUCGCCGGUGGAAUCGCCGGAUCUUGGUCACCGGAAAACCCAAUAUAUAAUCAAAACCAAGUGUGCUUCUUAUGUGGUGUCUCCGACUUGCUAUAGAUUAAGUUGGUUUCGCCAGAAAAAGGUGAAUCCUACUUCAAGAAAGCAGAUUUUGAGGGAUGUCACUUGUGAAGUCAAACCAGGGGAGAUCACUGCGCUUGCUGGUCCAAGCGGUGCCGGAAAAACGACAUUGCUCGAGAUUCUUGCCGGAGUCAUCCCUCCCUGCAGAGUCUCAGGUCAGGUUCUGGUCAAUGACCGGCCAAUGAACCCCAACGUUUUCAGGCGAGUUUCAGGCUAUGUAACACAAGAAGAUCUACUGUUUCCUCUUCUUACCGUUGAAGAAACACUCCUCUAUAGUGCACGUUUACGGCUCCAUGGCGGACUCGCCGACGCAAAAGCUAGAGUCAAAGACUUGCUGGAGGAGCUCGGGUUACAACAUGUUGCCGGAGAAAGAAUCGGGGCGGGAACUCACCGUGGGAUAUCUGGCGGCGAGAAACGGCGGGUGUCGAUCGGUGUCGAUCUGGUUCACGAUCCAGCAGUGCUUCUGAUGGACGAACCGACAUCGGGACUGGACUCGGCUGCGGCUCUUCAAGUCAUGUCGUUGCUCAAAUCCAUGGCUAAAAAUCAUGGAAAAACAAUCGUUUUAACAAUUCACCAACCCGGGUUUCGAAUUCUUGAAGUAUUCGAUCAAGUCGUGCUGUUAGUUGAUGGAACCUUGGUUCAUCACGGCUCACUCGAAUUCCUGGACCAACGACUCAAGUUCGCCGGCCAUUCCAUCCCUCGCCAGGUCAACGUGCUCGAGUUUUCCAUCGAUGUGAUUGAAACCUUGAUUACAGAAAUUGAAUCAGAACCAACUUUCAAGCUUAUAGAAGAUCAAAAACAACAAUCUGAUGAAGAUUAUCAUUUGAUGUAUGCAAAUUCACCAAUGAAUGAGGUCCUGAUACUCAGCCAAAGAUUCUGCUACAACAUUUUCAGAAGCAAACAGCUUUUUAUCGCAAAAAUGCUUCAAUCAAUCGUAGUCGGGCUCGUACUAGGGACGGUUUUCAAGAACGUUAACCGGUUUCAAAUGCAAACCCAAAUCGGGUUUUUCGCAUUCAAUCUAACGUUUUUGCUCUAUUCAUCAUCAGAAGCUUUGCCGAUUUUCUUGCAAGAACGCAGAAUUCUAAUGAAAGAGACCUCGAUAGGUGCCUAUCGGGUUUCAUCAUAUUCCGCAGCCAACACUCUUGUCUUCAUCCCGUUUCUUUUGAUCGUGGCGCUUCUAUACACCAUCCCGACCUACUUUCUGGUCGGACUACGGAGCGAUCUAGAUGGGUUUCUCUACUUCUCGCUAGUUGUUUGGCUAGUUCUGCUAAUGUCGAACUCUUUUGUGGCCUGUUUUAGUGCACUCGUGCCUAAUUUCAUGAUCGGGAUCUCUUUGGUUGCGGGGAUAAUGGGUUCGUUUUUUCUGUUCUCCGGGUACUUUAUAUCAAAUAACGACAUACCCAAAUACUGGAUUUUCAUGCACUAUUUGAGCCUAUUUAGGUAUCCAUUCGAGUGUUUUCUGAUAAACGAGUUUGGGGGAGCGAAGGGAAGAUGGAGGUGUCUCGAGAGAUUCGAAGAUGGAUGCUUGGUUUACGGUGAAGAGUUCUUGAGGAAGCAGAAUCUCAAAGAGAUGCAAAAAUGGUACAAUUUGGGGAUGAUGUUAGUAUUCAUCUUUGGGUACAGGUUUCUUUCUUUACUGGUGUUAUGCUACAGAUCUUACAGGAGCAGAAACUAAGGAAACUAAAAACCAGUUUUCUAGUUCUAAAGUUUAGAAUCAAAGCAUAGAUUAGUUUCUUUCGUUUCGUGUUCAUCAUCCCGAUUUCUGUGAUCGGGCUGUUUUCAAAAUUCUAAUCUAGACUAAUAAUGUUUAACAUGUUUCGUACCUACUUAUCUUGUUGUUUCUCCAUACGGUUUUGCUAAGAGAAAUA